AUGUGGAAAGUACUCGUCCUUCUUGCGCUAUCUGUACAGAGCUUUGCUGCCGUCCUCGAGGUUCGCAGUGACGCGCACCUCCAAAAGCGUUGCUCCGCUAGCUCCAACUUCCCAAAUCCGUCAACUACGAUUAGCGGCAAAUCCGCAAUCACAGUUGAGUCUGGCAAGACUUUCGAUGGUGGCAACAAGCGCUACGACCGAGGAUCUGGCGCUUGCAGCGGUCAAUCUGAAGGUGGCGACUCUGAUGCUGUCUUCAUCGUCAAGGCUGGUGGAACGUUGAAGAAUGUUGUCAUUGGCAAGAAUCAAGCGGAAGGUGUCCAUUGUACCGGGUACUGUACACUCCAGAACGUUUGGUUUGAGGACGUGUGUGAGGAUGCGAUUACCAUCAAGGGAGACAAGGCCGGCCAGACGUCGCAGAUUAUCGGAGGUGGCGCCCUCAAGGCCUCAGAUAAGGUCAUUCAGCACAAUGGUUGUGGUACUGUCAAGAUCACAAACUUUUACGCCAAAACAUACGGAAAGCUCUACCGCUCUUGCGGAAAUUGCAAGACCCAAUGCCAACGCAAGGUCAUUAUCAGCGGCGUCGAGGCUCGUGGCGGAAACGACCUCGCUGGUAUCAACAAGAACUACGGCGACACCGCAAGCAUCACCAACUCCUGCUACGACACUGCACAUCCAUGCGUGCUCUAUGAUGGAAAUUCUACAGGCGCCGAACCUAAGAAGCUGGGUUACUGCUAA